CCCUAAAAACUAAUUUAAAUGUUCACAUGAGAAUUCACACAGGUGAGAAGCCUUUCUCCUGUGGAUCCUGUGGAAAGAGUUUCUCUCGAAAGGACGCUCUAAAUGUCCACAUGAUAACUCACACAGAUGAGAAGCCUUUCUCUUGUGGGACUUGUGGAAGAGGUUUCUCCCUAAAAACUCAUUUACAUGUUCACAUGAGAAUUCACGCAGGUGAGAAUACUUUCUCUUGUGGGACUUGUGGAAAAGGUUUCUCUCGGAAAGGCCAUGUAAAUGCUCAUAUGAAACUUCACACAGGUGAGAAGCCCUUCUCAUGUGAGACCUGUGGAAAGAGUUUCUCUCGAAAGGACGCUCUAAAUGUCCACAUGAUAACUCACACAGAUGAGAAGCCUUUCUCUUGUGGGUCUUGUGGAAGAAGUUUCUCUCAAAAAACUUAUUUAAAUGUUCACAUGAGAAUUCACACAGGUGAGAAGCCUUUCUCUUGUGGGAUCUGUGGAAAACGUUACAGUAAAAAAUGGACUUUAACUCAUCACAUGACAAUUCACACAGGUGAGAAGCCUUUCGCUUGUGGGAUCUGUGGAAAAAGUUACAGUGAAAAAGGGACUUUAACUCAUCACAUGAGAAUUCACACAGGUGAGAAGCCUUUCUCUUGUGGAUCCUGUGGAAAGAGUUUCUCUCGAAAGGACGCUCUAAAUGUCCACAUGAUAACUCACACAGAUGAGAAGCUUUUCUCUUGUGGGUCUUGUGGAAGAGGUUUCUCCCUAAAAACUCAUUUAAAUGUUCACAUGAGAAUUCACACAGGUGAAAAG